AGAAUUCCAUUGUGGCACGUUUGUCUGCACCGCCCAUUGUCUUCUGCGUCCCGAUUGGCUGUAGACGAUUGUCAAUCAAUCUCCGUCUCCUUGUGUAGAGUACAAGCUAGCAAGCUAGCUUGCUCUUUGUAUGUUUGUAAAAGUAUCCCGGACAAAACCUACAAUGUUCUGUCCCCAAAAGUCAGAGAAGGAAGCACAAAAGUUUGGACUUUUGGACACGUUGAAGGAAUUCAGAAGUAAUAUGCGGCUGUACAGAAUAAAUGAAUCUUGGGUUCUAAGCGGGCCGCAACAGGACUACUGUAGCAGUUUUAACAAGGAUCCAAAAACACUACAGAAGAGGGAACGAGGAGGAGUAAAUACACGCUGUGUUGCUCAAAGCUAACAGCUGCUCCCGAGUGUAAACAAUGGAGCAAGCGGCAAACCACAAACGUCACAAGAUGAACAUCCAAUGCUGCGCACUUGCUCAAAGGGUCGGAAUGGCACCAAAAACAAAUCACACUGUCCAACACUUUGGAAAAAGUGGCUUAUUUGCUGGUGUUCCAUGUGUGCUUUGGGAUGUUUUCCUGGACCUACUGGAAGUCCAUCUUUACACCUCCAGCGUCCCCAUGCAAGAAGUUUCAGCUGUCUUACUCCGACAAGCAAAGAUACGAGAUGGAGGAGAGGCCGGAUGCACAGAAACAAAUCCUGGUGGAGAUUGCUAAGAAACUGCCCAUCUACACCCGAGCUCAAUCCGGAGCUAUCCGGUUCUGUGACCGCUGCCAGGUGCUGAAGCCUGACCGCUGUCACCACUGCUCAGUCUGUGAAACGUGUGUUUUGAAAAUGGACCACCAUUGCCCUUGGGUGAAUAACUGCGUUGGGUUUUCCAACUACAAGUAUUUCCUGCUCUUCCUCUCCUAUUCCAUGCUUUACUGCAUCUUCAUCACAGCCACUGUCUUUCAGUAUUUCAUCAAAUUCUGGGUGGGAGACUUGCCAAACGGGCCUGCGAAGUUCCACGUCCUUUUCCUCAUGUUCGUGGCGCUCAUGUUCUUUGUCAGUCUCAUGUUCCUCUUUGGUUACCACUGUUGGUUGGUGGCCAAAAACAGAUCCACUUUAGAGGCCUUCUCCGCACCAGUUUUUGUCAACGGACCGGACCGGAAUGGCUUUAAUGUUGGAGUACGCAAAAAUCUGCAGCAAGUAUUCGGAAAAGACAGGAGAUUAUGGUUCCUUCCUGUUUUCACGGGCCAAGGAAACGGCCAUUACUUCCCGUUGCGGAAUCGAGGAGAGUGUCAGAACCCCUUACUAGCCAACGAGGAGAUGUGGGAGGAGUCAGAUGACGUCUCAGAAGAAGGAAGCUGGGUUGAGGAUCCAGACCCCUCCGUUACCAUAGAGAUGGAAGGAUAGAACGUUUAUAUGAGAACCGUCAUUGGUGCACAUUUGAAGGAGGGAUGUUCUCCUCCAACUCUGACAUGGACCACACCUAAGGAUGACGUGUGGAUGGUCUUUUCUUCUUCCAAAGACAAAGCCAUGGUGGACGGCCAUCUUUGUCCCGUCAUCCCACCAUGGUGAUCCUUGGACCCUGUGUACAUAUCCUUUUGGGGGCAAGUGUUGCUCCAACGUGUCCUGCGUUGCACCUCACGGCUCACUUAGCUUCAGGAUGAUGCUUCGUGGCUUUGACUGCACGCUAAGUCUUGUCUUAUUUACCCGACUUAACCUCCGCCUUACAUAUACGUUGUUUUUGAAUGUAUGCGUCCAGCACCAUGCUUUCUACUACAUUUCCUACUAGCUGUUUAUUUCAUAGAGACACAAUGCUCCUUCAUAUGCUUUCAUAGCUUUAUUAUGAAUCAUUGUUUCAGGCUGGUAAUGGGGAAGAAUCGAAAUCAUUUUCAAAAAUAAUGACAAUAAGCAUAAGAGGUCACAUUAAGAAUCAUAUCAUAAUACAUAUAUGGGUCAGUCUCCUGAAAAAGGUACCAAAAGCUAUAUUAUAUCCAAUUUACAUAUUAAAAGAAUCACAUUAAUAUGUCAAUCAUCAUACUAUAAAUGCUUUAUGCUCAAAAAUGGUGACAAACAGUAUCUUUAGUAGAUCCUCCUUUUGUUUAUUUUUAUUUAUCCUCAUUUUAUACAAAUUUGGGCACCCCAACCAAAAAAAUGACAUCAAUUUUAGUAGAUCCUCCUUUUGCAGAAAAAACAGCCUCUACUAAAUCAGGGGUGGGCAAACAUUUUGACUCACGGUCUGCAUUGAUUAACAGGGGGGGAGGCAGACCAUAUAUUUUAUAGAAAUUUCGGCACCCCAACCAAAAAAAUGACAUCAAUUUUAGUGGGGGCAGACUAUAUAUUUUAUACAAAUUUGGGCACCCCAACCAAAAAAUGACAUCAAUUUUAGUAGAUCCUCCUUUUGCAGAAAUAACAGCCUCUACUAAAUCAGGGGUGGGCAAACAUUUUGACUCGUGGUCUGCAUUGAAUAACGGGGG